AUGACCACCAACCCAGCCUCACGCAAGACGACCAACAUUGUCGCCAACCCCAACGUCUCUCUUCUCGUCCACGACUGGGUUUCCCACCGGCCACCUACCCAGGGCCGCCGCAUGUCCGGCGGUUCUCCAGGCCCCGAACACCGCUCCAGUCUCGCCUCCCUUCUCCUCAACCUCAACUCCUCGGCCAUGUCCAGCAUCAGCGCUACCAUAGGAGGAGCCGCCCGCCUGGCCCCGUCCGGCUCAGACGAGGAGAAGUACUUUACGGAACAGCAUCUCGCCAACAAUACCUUUGAGGAAGGGGAGGCCAUUUUCCGGCAGGAUAGCAACACGGAUACCGAUCGACGUGGAAGUCACUUCGUAGCCGGGGAGGAGGUACGGGUCAUCAUUGUUGAUAUCAAGGACGUCAGAAUCAGUGACUGGAAGGGCACGGUCCGGGACUGGGCUUUGGUGUCGGAUGCGGCUUUGGUCAACGGGGACUAA